AUGAUCAGGAAAAUGGAGGUAUUGUCUCGUCCCGUGGAUGCUCCACGCGGGUUCCCGCGCGUCAUUUCUGACUCGUCCAUGACCAUGAGAAUUGCCUUGCCAGCCUCUUUUCUCCAAAUUAACGCUGCACUUUCUUCAACAUCCAUACGCAAGGACAACAAAAGUGUCAAAAAUGAUGUCGAAGACUCGUGGGAAACUCACGACUGGGAGAUUGAAGCAAAUUCAUGUGUCAAAAAUGUCAAAAAUGUCGAAACGGAGCAGGAAAAGGACGACUGGGAACACGAACCGACGCUAGAAUUACCGGAUGAUUUUCCCAGACUCCUCGUAAAUCUCACACGUGUACGGCGGCAGCAUUUUCCAGACAUAAACGAGGUGGAGGUGUUUGAUGUAAUGGAAGUUUUCCACCGUGUCAAAAAUACGCUGCACGAGCAUUUUUCACAAUUGGCAGAAGUAUUUUUUGAACAAAAGUUGUGUUUUCACUGCACGUAUGGAACAUCACGUGCCAUGAUGGACGGUCUGCAUGCUGCGUAUCCAGACGAUAUUUUUGCUAUGGUUGAUUACCCUACCGACAUUGAUGGUGUUCCACUGCACGAGUAUUUACACACAUUAUCGUAUCCGUCAAAAUGGAAAAGUGUCGAGUACUUGAAGAAUUGUCUGCGUCGAUGUUCGCGGGAUAUUCGGUGGAAAAGGGACGUGAUAACCGAGUUGGAGCUGCUGGCGGAACAGGAAUUCAAACACUAUGAAGAGAAGCAACAAGGACUUUGUGACGAGAUCGAUGAGCUUACUCGCCUACGCGAUUCGUUUCGGGAAAAACUAGAGAAAAUGACGAGUCAAGAAGGCAAGCCUACGGGACAGUACUUGAUGCUGCGAAAGCUGGAGGAUAUCGAAAACCGUUUGAUGAUACUGUUGGAUACUUACCUAACCGAACCCGAGCUGGAAGAAGAAGAAUGCUAUAGUGCAUUUGGCAACCCUGGCGGAGAAAAUGGUGUGACUACAAAUAUGAAUGUGCUGGAUAUGGUGAUCGCCAUGGUGUUUAGCCGCUUGCCUCGUGAUUUUAGCCAACAGGCCACAACGGAAGAUCAUUUCCAGUUGCUCUUUGAUCACCAUAUUCAUAUUUUGCGUCUAUGGAAGAAGGACUUUGGACGUCUUCCCUUGAAGUCUAGGAUACCACCUCAGAACGCUAGUGGCUCGGAUGAAGAUAGUGUUUGUGUGUCAUCAGGUGAAGAGCGAGCUACCUAUGACAUUGUGGACGAGGAGGACAAGGCCGGAGAUGAUGUAAGAGAUUGCUGGGCAAAUGACGAUGCAAUUGGACGAUUGGAUGAAGUGACACACACGGUAGUCGACAAAGACUCCUGGCACGUACAAGACGAUAGUGAUCGGGGUUGUGACGAAUCAUUUCAUCAAAAGAUUCAUCAUGACAAUGAUUCCGAUGGUUAUGGCGCUGACUUUGACAGUGACGAAAGCGAGGAUGAAGGUGAAAAGGUUACUCAAAUGCAAGCUCAACGGCAUCAGCAGAAGCUUGGAACAUGUAAACCUGGCGAUGGAGAAACACUUUGUACAGCUGUUGGACCGCGACAAAGACGCAUGAAACACACGAAACGUUCCAAAAAACUGCACAAGUUAAAAGUAGAAACGGAUGAAAGCGACGACGAGGGGGCAAGUACACCAUUUGAACCAUUUGCCUGCACUGGAGCAGUUGGUCUACUUCGUCUAGCGAAAGAAAACGAAUUGUUUUGA